AUGAGGUUAUUGGUAGCAGCAUUACUUUUAUGCGUAACCGGUACAUCCGCCGACAGUAUCGAGCUACAAGCAUGGCGUUCGAUGCAGGUGCGCCGAAACGUCCGCAAGGAACCGGGCAUGUCGGGACGGAUUAUCGGUGGUUACGAGACAAACAUUGCGGAUCAACCCUUCCAGCUGUCGGUGCGGCGAUUUAAUUAUCACAUCUGCGGUGCAUCCGUGGUGGAUCCGUCCUUUGCCAUCACGGCAGCCCACUGUGUGUCGCCCAAGCCUGAUCCCGAGUUUAUCACACUGCAAGGGGGCUCUACCAAUCGGACGGACGACAAAGUGAUAUUUCGAACCGAAGAAAUUAUCGUGCACCCAACGUAUAAUCCUCAUACUUACAAUAACGAUGUCGCCUUGAUCCGCAUCAUCGGGUCAUUCGAGGGAUAUGAAAACGUGUUCCCGAUUGCACUGGAAACCGUACCGAUAACUUCGUACAGUACUCCUGUGUAUUGUACGGUGUCCGGCUGGGGGCAAACCGAAAUGUUUAAUGGCAAACUUCCGGAGAUGCUGCGUGCGGUACGAAUCCCACUGAUACCGUACACCGAGUGUCGUCGGAAGUGGAGUCCACUAGCUGUUACUACUUCGAUGAUCUGCGCUGGAGAACCACGGCGAGAUACCUGCAACGGGGACAGCGGUGGCCCCUUGGUGUGUAACGAUAAACUUUACGGAUUAGUUUCUUGGGGCGCUAACCAAUGCGGAGGCACGUAUCCGGGUGUGUACACUAGCAUCACGUCAAAGGAUGUGGCCAGCUUCAUAGAACAGUACAUUUAUAUAUAA